AUGCUUUUAUCUCAACAAUCCCAUCAAUGGGCUUCUCAAUCAGGUACAUCUUUUGCAAGUAAUUAUGAUCGCCAACAAAAGUUUAAUAAUGGAACAAGAAAUCCAGAAGGGCGUUCUCUUCUAAGUGGCCCUAUUCCAGCAACACCAGACUAUGAAUAUGAUGCUCGUAUUAAUAGUGCACCAAGCAAUUCACAAGGUAUUGCUCGAGUACAUGGUUCAGAUGCAAAAGCAAAUCAUAAACGAGCAACCAAUGGAACUGGAGUUCCAUUUCUAUUUGAAGUUCAAGGUACAGGUCUUAUGUCAACACAAGGAACAUCAGCAAAACCACCGAGAAAUCAUCUAAAUGAAAAUGUAAGACGACUUCGACGUGUUACACGAGAAGCUCGAGAGAGACAAGCAGCUAAAGAACGAAAUCAACCAACACCUGUUAGUGGACUCUGGAAAUCUAAACAAUAUGAUACUGUGCAAUCAAAAGUUAAACAACGAUUAGACGAAGACACUCAUCGAUCAUUAUCCCGACCUCAAUCAGCACGCGGUAAUUUUCUUCAUGCACAUGAAAAUACUGGUCCACAAUAUCUUCGAUCUCAAUCUAUUUCGAGCUCUCGUCGUGGUUCGAUGUCAUCAUCUGUUGAUUUCAAUGCAUUGCAAAUCGAUGAUAAAAAACAACCUGAUUAUGUCCGAAUAAACUCUCAAUGGGCGAAAAAUAUUCCAAAAGUACGUAAAACAAUGAGUAAUGAUGUUAUUGAAAAAGUACAAGACAAAAAAGAUCGAGAUUUAAAAGCGUAUCAUGAAAACCAAAAAGGACGGGUACCUGAUUAUAUUGAAAAAAUAAAAGAAAGACGAGCUCAAAAUAUCUAUGAAGAACGUGCGAAUGCACCUGAUCCAGAAUGUCCAUUUGGUCAUGUUAAAAUUGAUAAUGAUAGACGUUUAGCAACGUUACGACAACUUGAAUUAAAUCGGGCAGAUCUUGAAAAAAAAUUAAGUCAUUUACCAAUACGUAAUGAUUCUUUAACACUUCGACGAGCAAAAGAAGAAACUGAAAAGAAAAUUAUCGAACUCGAUGAAGCAAUUAAAAUAUUUUCCAAACCAAAAGUAUUCGUUAAAAUCGAAGAAUAA